AUGUUUUCUUCAGAUGCAUUCCACGCCUUGUGCGUGCUUGCUCUCACGGUUACAGUGGGAGCCCAGUCCGCCACAACAACCGGUACACCCACCACCCAGGAGCCAUGUGCGCAAGUGAGUGCCUUUUCGAGCCAAUAUAAGGCGGCCAGUCCUUCAGCCCCCUAUGUUCCCGUACCACCAGAUAUGGCUUAUGCCUGUCAACAGUCGGUUCCCUUGGUGAAAGAGGAUACACUUGCCGUACUCACUGGACUCAAAGCUUUGGUAGAGUGGCAAAGUACUCUGAUCUGGGUCAAGAAUCCACCAGCCAAUUGGCCAUUUGCUCCGGCCGACCUGGUGGGAGGACUGCAAGACCUUACCGAAAAGGUGGAAGAUGGAACCAUCACCCAGGAGAUUGACUUCGAAACCCGGCUGGUAGAUUUGAUAUCUGCCGUACACGAUGGGCACCUCAACUACAUCCCAGAUGCCUACUCUGUCUUCAACUACGAAAACCUGCAGCUGCCCAUAGUUUCCGUCUCGAGUGAUGGCAAACAGCUACCAGAAAUCUACGCCUUGGCCGACAUGCUGGCUCAACAAGCCGGAGCAGCAGAAGGAUGGACCCCUUCUCCGAUCGUCAAGGUCAACGGGACCGAAGUUGUUCCCUAUCUCAGUCAGAUGGCUUUCAAUGGGACCAUGGCUCACCAGGACUUGGAUGCCUUGUACAACCGUAUAUUCUUCAGCCCUUUGGCCACCGCCGACAGCGACUCGGGUUAUUUCAGCGCCCCCUUUUUGAGUCGGUUCUGGGGUUCGUCGGUCGCGGUCGAGUUCAAGAACGGGACCCAAGCCUCCUUUCCCAUAACCGCGGUUUUGCUCUAUGACUUCACGGACGUGGUCGACGGCGAGAGUUUCUACCAGACUUUCUGUAAUGCCACGGUGAAGGCCAUGGCAUCAGCGAGCGCGUCUGCAACAGCUACGGCCCAGCCGACGGCGACCGCGGCACCCGAUCCGGAGGAUGCGCUCCCGUUCUAUCCUACCGCCGUCGCAAUCACUGACGAUGGGACGCUGGCUGGCUACUUUCUGGACGACGAACCCAGUGUGGCCAUCUUAGCAAUCCACGCAAUGUCUAAUGACGGAGUCUCGUCGCAGCAGACCCUGGCCCAUUUUCUGCAACAAUGCCGGCAGGAAAACAAGACCCAUCUCAUUGUGGAUCUCAGCCAGAAUGGCGGAGGCCUGAUUGAGCUAUCCUACGAUAUCUUCAAGCAGUUGUUUCCAACCAUUCAGCCAUACUUAGGGGCCCAGCUGCGGGCGCAGGAACAGGUAAAUAUCCUCGGGGAGUUCUACACGCCCAUAGUUCAGCAGGCCAGACAGCAGGGAGAUCUAGACACCACCGACAUGACAACACCAAUCUUUCAAGGCGAAUACUCUACAUUCGAUUCCUCGACAUUCUACAAUGACAGUGGUCUGCCUUUCCCAUCCUGGGCAGACUACUACGGCCCUGUCCAGGUCCAUGGUGACAAUUUCGCGCACCAGUACCAGUUGAACCUUUCAGACGUUGGCUAUGAUGAAAGGACCAGCAGCAUGAUCCCCUUCGGCUAUGCCAAUAACUCCAAGAUCGCCCCCCAGCCUUUCCUCUCCGAAAACAUGGUUAUUUUUGGGGAUGGAUACUGUGGAUCGUCAUGCACAAUUCUGACGCAUCUUCUUAAAUAUCAAGGCAAGGUCAAGUCAAUUGUGAUCGGAGGUCGACCGCAGACUGGGCCAAUGCAGGGUAUCGGAGGGACCAAAGGGUGCCAAGUACUACCGUUGCCCAACAUCCUGACAGCCGUGGACGUGUUCUACCAAAAUGCUUCAGCAGAUGCUAUCACAGCGGCAAAUAAGACAGGACUGAAAGACCUCGCGGAUCAGGGCCCGACGCUACUGCUUCGGCAGGAUGCAACGAUCGGGGCUGUCGAGAUCAACCUUCUGAACGCUAUUGCUCAGUAUGAUGAGUCGCAGACGCCGCUCCAGUUUGUCUAUGAGGCUGCGGACUGCAGACUGUGGUUGCAGACGGCCCACAUCACCGACGUUGCGGCGAUCUGGAAGACGGUGGCAGAGCAGGCCUGGGGACUGAGCGGUCAAGAGAAGUACUCGCUGUGUGUUCCCGGCAGCACGAAUCAGCCCAGUAGCUUGAGCGGCAACCAGACGCUGUUCCAACAGGGCCAGCCCUCCAACGUCACCGGGUACAACCCUGGGGGCGAAGACGCCGAGCAGGACAAGUCGACGGAAAAUGCUUCUGGGUCGCUGACGUUUGCCGCCGGAAGCCUGUCAAGCAUGGUCUUCGGGAUCCUGUUGGCUGUGGUUGCAUCAUCAGCCAACUUGAUGAUCUAG